AUGGAGGCCAAGCUGCUGAGCAUAGCUUUGGGCUUCUUCCUGUUGUUCCUGCCACAGGUGGCAUCUGUCAGGGUGGAACUGGACAAGGAGAAGAUCGCAGGAUUCUGGAAAGAAGUGGCUGUGGCCUCUGACCAAAACCUGGUGCUGCGGGCUCAGAAGAGAGUGGAGGGCUUAUUCCUCACCUUCAGUGGGAGGAACAUCACUGUGAAGGCCGUGUAUAACAGCUCGGGAAACUGUAAGACAGAAAAAGCAGUGGGUUCAGAAAGAGACACUGCGGGGGAAUUUGCUUUUCCUGGCCACAGGGAGAUCUUUGUGCUGGACACGGACUACGAGCACUAUGCCAUCCUGAGGAUGUCCUUGAUCUGGCAGGGGAGGGACUUCCAUGUCCUCGAGUACUUCACUCGGAGCCUUGAGGAUGAGGAUAAUCCUAGCUUCUGGAGGUUCCGGGACAUGACAGCAGACAUUGGCCUUUAUCUGCUGGCCAGGCAUGGGAGGUGUGCUGAGCUGCUGAAAGAGGGACUGAUCUGA